GUCCCAGGUGGUUUUGUCGUCUUCCAACUACAUUCUUUCGUGUUUUGGUUUGACGAGCGCAGAUACGCGGAAAAACUACAAAUUUUUGGCAUGGAGAACGUCUCAAAGCGCAAGUCUCGGGGCUCUCUUGAGGUUACACAUCACGGAAAACCAAAAGCUGUAAAACGUGAACCCAGUCCUCCUCAGGAAGGUGAAAACGAAGAGCGUAGUGCCGAAGACGGAGGAAAAACUUGUAUUGACGAAGAGUCGACGAAAAAGGAAGACGAAAAAGACGGCGAGGCUGCUCAUAGUGAUGAAGAAAAGAACGCUGCAGUCGUGAAGAACAGCAGACCUCUUCCUGCUGGAUCAGUGCAUCGGGUAACUCCAAACAUGGCCCCUAUUGCUGCUCGUACUUUGGGUAGCCAUGAUACUACGACCCAACGUCUCAUUGUUGUCCUUGACCAAGCUUGUCUUGAGAUUUACAGAGUCGGAAAGUCAAAAGAAGCAAAGUACGAGCUGCUGAACUGUGACGAUCAUCAAGGUCUGCUUAAAAAGUUGAACAGAAGCAUCGCCCAAGCUAGACCGGAUAUCACACAUCAGUGUCUGCUCACGCUUCUUGACUCGCCGUUAAACAAGGCUGGUCGUUUACAAGUGUUCAUCCAUACGGCUAAGAAGGUUCUCAUUGAAGUCAAUCCAUCCGUCCGUAUCCCGCGUACGUUCAAACGUUUCUCUGGUUUGAUGGUUCAGUUGCUGCACAAGCUCUCCAUCCGCAGUGUUAACGGUAACGAGAAGCUCCUCAAGGUCAUCAAGAAUCCCGUCACUGAUUACCUUCCUCCUGACUGCCGGAAAAUCACACUUUCGUUUGACGCACCGACAAUCUCUCCGCGCAAGUACCUCGACACCCUCAAUACCAACCAGUCCAUCUGCAUCGCCGUCGGUGCCAUGGCCCACGGUCCCGAUGACUUUUCUGAUGGUUGGGUGGAUGAAAAGGUUAGUAUCAGCGAUUACCCUCUGAGUGCAAGUAUCGCUUGUUCAAAAUUCGUGCACUCAAUGGAAGAUUUUUUGGGAAUUGUUUAA